AGGAGAAUUUAGGGUUCUUCGCGGAUGGAAACGCCACAGGCGGGAGGAGCUGGCCAUGGCGACGACGCGUGGAGGGGCAGCAGCUGCGAUCCGGCAUUGCCCUUGGAGUCGGAUCCCAAGAAGCAGCAGCAGCAGCAGCAGGGCGAAGAGGCGUGGAAUUGCGCAGGGGGCGAAGGCGAUGAUGAGCGCCCGAGGAAGAAGCUGCUGCUCCACGAUCCAGCAGCGGCGGGGGCAUUGAGCAGCUGGAGCCCUAAUCCGGGCCUGGCGGGCGCGGGAAUAGCGAAUGCGAGCGCGGGGGGCGAUGGCGGGGGAUGGAUGCCCUCGGCGGCGGACAAGAUGGAAUAUUCCAUGGAAGCUGACAAUGGAAAAAACAACAUCCCCCAACUCGUGCUUGAGGAAAGGAAGGAAAUGAAGGAGGAGAUGGAGGCGAUGGCGAUGGCGGCCAGGAAGGAGGGAGCGCCGCCUUUUGUGCCUCCUGCGCUCGCGCCACCGUCUCUUCCUUCUAGGGGUAAUUUCGAGCAGCCCAUCAAGGAGGAGGCUGGAUCGGAGGAGGCUGAGGAGAGGCCCAAGAUCAUCGCUGCUACUGACGAUGACAAGAGGAAGGCGAGGGAUCCCCACCACCACCACCAUCACAAGCGGGAUCGCGAUGGGAACGCCAAGGUCGAAGAGGAGAAGCACGAGGACGUGAAGAUGGAGGCUGGAGGAGGCGACGACGCCAUCGCCAAUAGCACCGGCAUCAAAGGCAAGGAUAGAUCUGUGGAGAACAACGCCGCGACCGAGGACGAGAUCAUGGAGGACGCUGCUCAGCCAGUUGACAAAGAUAAGAUUGUCCAGCAGCGGAAAAGGAUGUCCCGGCAGCGAGGCGAGGGGCGAUCGAGGUUUAGAUCCAAGGAUCGAGAAGGAUGGCUCGGUGCUCGUGCCGAAUCGUCUGCCGUGACUUACAAGAUCGGUGAAGGCCUGCCCGAGCUAGCGAAGCUUUGGAAGGAGAGUGCGUCCAGUUCUUCCGAGGGUGGGAGCAAUGGCGGAGCUGCUCCACUUUUGGAAGUGAGAGUGGCUGCUGAUCUAGCCACAACAUCCAACAGACAGGUUCGUGGGAGCCAACUUUGGGGAACAGACAUCUACACCGAGGAUUCCGACCUCGUUGCUGUUCUCAUGCACACCGGCUACUACAGUCCGACUGCAUCGCCUCCCCCGUCUUGCAUUUCAGAAAUUCGAGCAACGCUGCGCGUCCUUCCUCCACAAAACGGCUAUAAAUCAACUUUGAGAAACAGCGUCCGAUCGCGUGCCUGGGGCGCUGCCAGCGGCUGCAGCUACAGCAUCGAGCGUUGCCGUAUUGUGAAGUCCGGAGGCGGAUUUGCAGAUUUGGAACCUUGCUUGAACAGGAUGCCAGUUGUAGCUCCAACGCUUGCUCCUGCUGCAAUGGAGCGGACCAUGACUACACGAUCGGCAUCAUCGAAUGCUCACCGGCAGCAACGGUUUGUUCAAGAAGUUACGAUCCAGUAUAACUUAUGCAAUGAGCCCUGGCUGAAGUACAGCAUGAGCAUCGUUGCGGACAGGGGCUUGAAGAAGUCACUCUACACGUCUGCGCGUCUCAAAAAGGGAGAUGUCCUCUACUUGGAGACGCACUCACACAGGUACGAGCUGUCCUACGAUGGCGAGAAGGCAUCCUCCAACGGGACAGCCCCAGCUACAACAACAGCGACCUCGUCCCAAGCUCCAUCUCAAGCUCCGGAAAAGCCCAGCAAAGAUAAAGCGCCCUCGAGCGACAAGGAGAAGCCGCAUUCUCACAAUGGCUUUUGUGACAAGAACGGGGACUACGCCGAGCACUACAAGUGGGCUCGAUGCAACGUUCCUUUGCCGCUGUCCAUUGUCCGAUCCAAAGGAGUGCCGCUCCCUCCAGAUUGCGUCCAGGUUCUCGAGGAGAGUUUGACGUGGGAAGAGGUCCAAUGGUCGCCCACUAGCGUUUGGGUCCGCGGCAAAGAAUUCCCGCUCGCAAGGGCCCAGUUUCUUUCUCCUGGAGUUUCCCCGUGAUGACAAUGCAAGGAGAUUUUUUUUUGUUCCAA